CGCUGGAAGGAGGCGGGUCCCGGGCGCUGCGUUCGGAACCGCCCGGGGCCGAGAUGCGCGGGGCCCGCUGUGCCCUGUUCCCCGGGGCCCUGCCGCGGAGGCGGGGCGACCGUGCAGGAACAGGGAGAUUUUGGCUCUGUGGGUGCCCAACGGAUUUUGUGCCCGAGCAUUGAAACGGCUGAGACCGGGAGCCUUGGUUUGCUUUCAACUACUGAUCAUCCUCGGUGCCAGCAGAGAAUCUCAGCAUGGGGAGGAUCAGCGUCUCCUGCCUGUUUCCUGCUUCCUGGCAUUUUAGCAUCUCCCCAGUGGGAUGCCCUCGAAUUCUGAACACCAACCUGCGCCAGAUUGUUGUCGUUGGCAUCCUGGCUGCCGCUGUUUCUUUGCUGUAUUUCUCUGUCAUCAUAAUACGACAUAAGUAUGGGCGCUUGUCCCGGGAUAAGAAGUUUCACAGGUAUCUGGCCCGAGUGACUGACAUUGAAGCUACUGACACCAACAACCCCCACAUCAAUUAUGGCAUCGUAGUGGACUGUGGGAGCAGCGGGUCUCGGAUUUUUGUCUAUUGCUGGCCCCGGCACAAUGGCAAUCCACAUGAUCUGUUAGAUAUCAGACAAAUGAGGGACAAAAACCGAAAGCCGGUGGUCAUGAAAAUAAAACCAGGCAUAUCAGAGUUUGCUACCUCGCCAGAAAAAGUCAGCGAUUAUAUUUCUCCACUUCUGAGUUUUGCUGCAGAACACGUGCCUCGGGCAAAACACAAAGAGACCCCUCUCUAUAUCCUCUGUACAGCUGGAAUGAGAAUCCUUCCAGAAAGUCAGCAAAAAGCCAUAUUGGAAGAUCUUCUGACAGACGUCCCAAUACACUUUGACUUUCUGUUCUCCAGCUCUCACGCGGAGGUUAUUUCAGGGAAGCAAGAAGGUGUCUACGCGUGGAUCGGCAUCAACUUUGUCCUCGGGCGCUUUGAGCACAUUGAAGACGAGGACGAGGCGCUGGUGGAGGUGAACAUCCCUGGUGGGGAAAGCCAAGCGGCCAUCGUCCGCAAAAGGACCGCCGGCAUCCUGGACAUGGGCGGAGUGUCCACCCAGAUAGCGUACGAAGUCCCCCAAAGUGUAAGCUUUGCCUCCUCACAGCAGGAGGAAGUAGCCAAAAAUCUACUUGCCGAAUUUAACCUGGGCUGCGAUGUCCAUCGGACCGAGCAUGUGUACAGAGUGUACGUAGCCACGUUCCUUGGCUUUGGUGGCAAUGCAGCUCGGCAGAGAUAUGAAGACAGUAUAUUUGCCAACACCAUGCAAAAGAACAGGCUCCUGAGUAAGCAGACAGGUCUAACUUCUGACACUCCAUACCUGGACCCUUGCCUACCCUUAGACAUUCAGGAUGAAAUUCAGCAGAAUGGGCAAACCUUGUACCUGCGGGGAACUGGAGACUUCACCCUGUGCCGGAAGACUCUCCAGCCUUUCAUGAACAAGACAAACGAGACUCAGACUUCCCUCAACGGGGUCUAUCAGCCUCCGGUUCAUUUCCAGAACAGUGAAUUCUAUGGCUUUUCAGAAUUCUACUAUUGCACUGAGGACGUGUUAAGAAUGGGGGGAGAUUACAAUGCUGCUAAGUUUAUUAAAGCUGCCAAGGAUUAUUGUGCAACCAAGUGGUCCAUCUUACGGGAACGCUUUGACCAAGGACUCUACGCUUCUCAUGCCGACCUGCACAGGCUAAAGUAUCAGUGCUUUAAAUCUGCCUGGAUGUAUGAGGUGUUUCACAGGGGCUUCUCAUUUCCAGUGAAUUAUAGCAAUUUAAAGACGGCCCUGCAGGUCUAUGACAAGGAAGUGCAGUGGACCCUGGGAGCCAUCCUGUACAGAACCCGGUUCCUACCUUUGAGAGACAUUCAGCAGGAGAACUUCCGGGCCAGCCACGCUCACUGGCGAGGCGUCUCCUUCGUCUACAACCACUACCUGUUCUCCGCCUGCUUCCUGGUUGUGCUCUUGUCCAUCCUGCUGUACUUGCUGCGUCUGCGGCGAAUUCACCGGCGGGUGCUGUGGGGCAGCUCUGCGGCCUCCCUCUGGAUGGAGGAAGGCCUUCCACCCCAGAAGAUGGCCGGAGCCUUGUGAGCCGGGGCCGCGGCGCCCCAGGACACUAGGAAAAGAAAAAGCCAUUUUUGCCUCAGGGGUUCUUCUCAUUUCUCCCCCUUAUUUUCCUCCCCAUCCGGUCCCUUAAAAUAACAACAAAACCAUUUUUAAAAAGCCUGCGUUCCCAGCAGUAUGGUGAGGCCACUUAUUUUUGGAAGCUGCUUAGGGAGGGGAAAUACACUUGGUCUGAAUGAACGUUGUGGCCAGCAGUUGUUGAGGUUUUCGGUUUUAAACAGUUGUUAAAGAGAACUCACUUUCCCAUCGGGGGCCGGGGAGGACCCCAGGCCCAGCCGGGGAUGCAGAGGCCUCUGUCUGCUGCCCCCGAGGGAGGCUCUGUGCUCACACAGAAAGCUGCGGCCGAGGUUCCGUUCUGCUUCCUUCCUCGGCCUACAUUAGGGAAGUGACUCUUUGGUUUUUAUUUAUUUUCAGGCCUGCUGCUCGAGGGUCUCAUGGAAGAGAUUUUAAAGUCCCAAACAGAGGCCAGACCAGGGUAGAGUUGACAGACUUUACGAGUGGGAGGAAGAGACCUAGAACAUGUGAAGUGUGGAUUGGCCUGCGUGUGCGUGUGUACAGAAUUAGGGUGAAUUUGAGUGAGGAUGAGGAAGGCGCACCCCCUCCUUUUUCUUAAAAACAAAAGACAGACUUCAAGAAUGUGUUUGCUUCCUUUGUGUUGAGAUAAACCCCGCCUCGAGUCAGACAUUCUCUCCUUCACCACCAAAGGACGGCCUUUGUCUCUCCAUCCCAUCUUCUGUCUCCUGGGUCCCCUUUCAGUGCCUGGCACUCUCCGAGGAGUGAGGUGGUCAACAACUCCAGAGCUCGCUUGUCUGGUUUCUUUGGCCACUUUUCCUCCUCUAAAUUGGGGCCUUAAGACUCGACUAAAAGGGGCGCCCAUGUACUCAGCUGGUGGGGCCUCUCCUCUCUGGUAUAAAGAGGCAGCAGCAGAGUUCUCGUGAAGCCAGACAGGAGAGUGUAGGCCUUGGGCCCCAGGCUCAGAUGCUUCAGUAUUCUGAAAACAAAAAGCAAGCCCAUAUUCAGGAGAACCUAAUUAGAACCCAGCGUGGGUGCGUUCCCCACCUCUAAAAUCCGGGUUGUGCAAACUUGGAGCGUUUGAGACACGCUGUUGGGGAUCCUCUUCCAGUGACGUUAGGUCACAACCCAGAAAGGAGUCUCCUUCUUGUGCUCUCGCUUCUCCUCUCCAUGAUUUUAAAGGGGGAUGCAGGGAUGGGAUGUGCAAGUUGGGCUGCUUACCCAACCGUUUGAGAACUGUUUGGCUAUUAGUCGGAUUUCCUUCGAUACUCCAGUAAUAUAAAUUCACUGUUGGAUGAAAUAGUGCAGAGGGCAAAGUCUUCCCUCCCUGAUGUAAAUUCUCUAAAGAUGAAAGUCCCCCAAAUGCAAAAAUCGGUAGGAUGUUCUCUCCCCUCCCCGUGUCCCCCAAGGCAAAGGGCUCUGAAAUCGAGCACCUUUGGAACUUUGACCCCCAGGGAGUAGCCUCCUUGGUCAGGGGGGGAAUGGGGCGAGCAGGCCAGCUCGAAGGAGGUGCUCCCCAGAGCUGGAACUGAGGCUAAUCAUUCUGUUCUCAGCAACAAAGACACUGUUUUCUUCUUCCAUGAAGAAGGAAGAACGUGAAGGACUUUGGGUCCGUGGCGGUAGCCAAGCCGACCUGCUUUUUUCUUUGGGUCCUGUCCAUCCCUCGGGGCCUCCCUCUCCCACUGACGCUUGCCAGUGAAACGUAAGCUAGAUCCUCCUGGCAUUAGUUCCUAAAACCUUGCUUGAUGAACAACUUCUGUUGGGCUCGCUUUUAUCAGGAGGGGCCCCAUGGAGUUCUGUUUCCCACAGAACCUGGGAAGCCGAGUCCAAGUAAGCCGGCACUCCAGGGCCCUCCUCCCCUGCUUCAGAGAGGCAAGCAAGAAGAGCCUGAGCGGCCGACCUAACUGCUGCUUCCUCCUGGGGUUCACUGCCUACCUUUUCUCCCUGAUGAUUUUCAAGGAAUUAAGAAAGCAAGUAGCAAAGAGGGAUUUAUUCUAGUGAAAUUUAAAAAAAAGAAACCAAAUGGAAUAUUCGGUGAUUGGGAAUUUUGUUACCAACUCACUUGUGCCAAAUAGGAAAUCUAAUGACAUUCCGUUUUUUCAGCAUGACAGAUUCGUUGUCUUUCGCACGGGCCUGACUCCCAUUGCAGAAACGUUAAGGGUCUAAAGUUCCCCGGUCCGAGGCUGGCGAAUGCCAUAUGCAAGUCCCAGCUGGCGUUUGCUCGGCAUUAUCUGGGGUCAUUGGCCGGUUACCAUUUUGAGUCCCUGAUCCACAUAGCUGUAGGUUUUGUCAUUUCAGAAGUCAUUUUCUGGCAGAAAGAACCUUCCGGCCCAGCAGAAGGAGGACUAGCCUUGAGGUCCUGGUUCGCAGGCAGUGAAAGGUAGAUCAAGCUAGGAAUAGGUGGAUAGUCGGCCAAAGAUGGGCCUGCAGAACCUCAAAGGACGAGGCCUGUUGUGGAGAACCCUCAGGGAGGGCAGCUUCUUUUCCUCCCCCUCCCCCAUCCAAGCCCUCAGACCCUCUGAAAUCUAUCCAUGCACCCCGGGCUAAGAGCCGAUGUAACUGGAGAAGUUGAUGCCUUAAAAAAGGAGACGAGGGGUCCUGGGUGCGAAUGUGGCCUCAGACACUAACUAGCGGUGUGUGUGCCCUGGCAAGUCAGGCCCUGGGUGAGGAGUUGUGAAGAGAGUUCAUUGGCUCUGCUCGGACGUUGCAGUGUGCCCACGGAUUUUAAAAGGGAUGAGAUGACCUUUCCCUCUGACCUGCUGGCUGUUGUCUGUUUACAUUUCACAGUCAAGCCCACGUAAUAAAUGUAGACGACAAGCAGUUGUCACUUAGGAGAGUCGACCGCAGAAAUAGGUCUUCAAAGCACUAUAAACACCCACAACUUCCACAUCUUCGUGUGAUAUUAAUGCCUUGAAAGUCCGCUCGGUGUUUGGCCAUUUCUGUCCGUGGUUCCUACCUUGCUAUGGCAAGCGAUGUGGCCAGUGAAGGAGAAUUUGGGAACCUGUGGCUGAAAGAAUGGGCUUUACUGUUAGGAACUGAGAAAAGAUGGGAAUGUGUUUAAAUUAAGCCUGUUCUGUGUCAGAUUGAUGUUUCCUUUCAAAGUCAGUGAUUCUCGUUUUGGAAAACUGGGGUGGGAUGUCCACCGAGUCCCCGGAGCCUUUCGUUUUCCUUAUUGUAGCAGCCCCACGUUGGCACACCUAGUGGGCACUGAUGGACGCCGAGAAUCAAUAAAGUAGAAAUUCAUGACA